GUGGGGUAAAUACUACACAUUUUCCAUUUCUAAAACACCCUUUCAUCGGAAUUCGAAUUUAUCUAAACCCAUUACAACCUCGCUCUUCAGACCAUCAUGCCGUCCGCCUGUGACUCUCUGAUUGACGACAUUGAGGACAUGGUGUCCUCUAGCGACCCUACUCCUCACGAGAGACAGUCUGCUAGAAAGAGCAUCAUGCCAAGGUCCAGGAAGAAAAAAGACCUUCUGAGCCACGAGGAGCUCCAAGCUGACAGUUUGAUCCCUGGCACCCAGAAAAUCUGGAUGAAAACGUGGGGCUGCAGUCAUAACAACUCAGAUGGAGAGUACAUGGCCGGACAGCUAGCUGCCAGCGGAUACAAGAUGACUGAUGACCCAUCAGACGCAGACCUCUGGGUUCUCAACAGCUGCACUGUGAAGAACCCUGCAGAGGACCACUUCAGAAACUCAAUCAAAAAAGCCCAGGAACAGCAGAAAAAAGUGGUAUUAGCAGGUUGUGUUCCCCAGGCUCAGCCACGGAUGGACUACCUCAAAGGACUCAGCAUCAUUGGGGUCCAACAGAUUGAUCGAGUGGUGGAAGUAGUGGACGAGGCUGUUAAAGGCCACUCAGUUCGUCUUUUGGGUCAGAAGAAAGAUGGAGGCCGGAGGCUCGGGGGAGCUAGACUGGACCUGCCCAAGAUCAGGAAGAAUCCUCUCAUUGAAAUCAUCUCCAUUAACACUGGGUGUCUGAAUGCAUGUACAUACUGUAAGACUAAGCAUGCCAGAGGAGACCUAGCCAGCUAUCCAAUCGAGGAGCUAGUGGAGAGAGCCAGGCAGUCUUUCCAGGAGGGAGUGUGUGAGAUCUGGUUGACCAGUGAAGACACAGGAGCGUAUGGCAGAGACAUAGGGACAGACCUGCCCACAUUGCUGUGGAGAUUGGUGGAGGAGAUUCCUGAAGGAGCCAUGCUGAGGUUGGGUAUGACCAACCCACCAUAUAUCCUGGAACACCUGGAGGAGAUGGCUAAGAUAUUGAAUCAUCCGCGCGUCUAUGCCUUCCUUCAUGUUCCUGUGCAAUCAGCCUCAGACAGCGUCCUGAUGGACAUGAAGAGAGAGUAUUGCAUCGAUGACUUCAAAAAAGUGGUGGACUUCCUCAAAGAGAGGGUCCCAGGUGUAACCAUUGCUACAGAUUUAAUCUGCGGUUUUCCUGGUGAGACGGAGAAAGACUUCCAAGAGACAGUCGACUUGGUGAAACUCUAUCAAUUCCCCAGUCUCUUCAUAAACCAGUUCUACCCCAGACCCGGUACACCUGCUGCCAAGAUGGAGCAAGUACCAGCACAUGUGAAGAAGCAGAGGACUAAAGAGCUGUCACAACUAUUCCACUCUUACAACCCCUAUGACCACAAGGUCGGGGAGAGGCAGCAUGUGUUGGUGACGGAGGAGUCAUUUGAUGCUCAAUACUAUGUGUCUCACAACAAGUUCUACGAACAGGUGCUGGUGCCUAAGAGGGCUGAGUUCAAAGGGAAGAUGAUUGAGGUGGACAUCUACGAGGCAGGAAAACACUUCCUGAAAGGCCGACCAGUAGAGGAGAGUAAGCCAUUCACUCCUUCCAUUGCCAAACCACUUCAGAAGGGAGAAGUGUCUGGCCUGAUGCAGAAACAGAUUGCCAAUGGCAUCCAAGAUCCUGCUUCAUCUAUGCCUUCUUCAUCUGUUGUGUUGAUCGGCUCUUACAGUCUGGACAGGGAAGUACUGAAGAAGCUGGGAAUCGGGCUCACUCUGGCAGCAGCCAUCUUGGCCUUCAUCAUUGAGAAACUGUACUGAUGGAGUAACUGCAAACUAGAAGAAGAUCGUGCAGAAGGGAGAGGACGGUGACACCAUUGGGGUCAACACAGUGGGUUUGAAGCCGGUGAAUUUAGUUUUAUCUCGUUAGAUCCCCUACAACACGCUGAACGUGCUUUUAUUUAACGUUGAAUGAACCCAAAGAAAAGAAAAGUAAGAUUCAUGAUGAACAUGUCGGUAACACCUACACAGUUAGUUUAGAGGAGCUGAGGGGUCAAAGCGAUGUCAGUGUUUUCUGUCAUUGAAGGAGGAAUAAUCCCAUGGGCAAAGUCUAUUGGUUUCAAUAACACCCUAGUUACACUCAAUUUUAAUUGGAAUCUAUUUUGAAGUACAUCUUCUGUCUCAUAAUUAUAUUCCAUCAUGAGGAAGUGUAGGCUGUCUCAGGAAAAUUCUAUAUGCUUUGUCUAUGGUUCACUGAUGGCUGCAGCCUGACAUUGUCCAUAAACUGGUAAAUAAGUGUUUUGGAUCAUCUUUUGGUCUGUGUAACUGUCUCAUAGAAGAAAAGAUAAAGCUCAAUUCAAUUAGUUGAUACUUGUUGAUACUAGUUUGCUUACUUUAUAGUACGCCUCAUUUUAUUCUUUUAAAAAGGGCUCGUGUAUAAUAAUUUGGUUAAAGCUAAUUUUGUAUCCUUCAUUUCAAAGUAUUUGAUUAAGAGACAAGGACAGUAUAUUUCCAAAUUUUCAUUUCAAACUUCUUUCAUCCUGUUUUUGAAUUUGUUUUAACACGUUACUCUUUUGUUAAAGUGGUUUCAUUUAAAGUUUUUUUGCCUCAAUCAUCAAAGUCAAAUGGAAUUAAUUUACGUCUUAACCUUAUGCGAUUAGUUACGAUGUAACAGUUGGCCAGGUGGACAAUGCCGAGCGCUAGUAUUGCCAGUACUUUGUUGAUAUGUGAGCUACUUGUGGUGUAAACAUAGUCUGAGUCAUUAUUGAGUCUCUAUUUUUUUGUUUAAACUGUUGAAUAAAGG